AUGGCGUACCCUACGGCAUACCCCGCACCGGCACCACCCAUGGCUGCGCCUGUGCAAUUCUCGCCAGCCCCAACCGGCACGUGGACGACGGGAUGCUGCGGCUGCUUCGAGGACUGCGAAGCCUGUUGCUGCGCUUACUUUUGCCCCUGCGUGGUCUUCGGCCGAGUCGCCGAGAUAGCCACUGACGGUAACGUCGCGAUGGAGGAGGCUUGCGCCUUGUGGUAUCUCAUCGAAUGUUGCCUUUUCGCUGGAUGCGUGUAUUCAUUCGGCUUUCGAACCAAGCUGAGGGCGAAGUACAACCUGCCUGGCGACUCGAUAAACGAUUUUUUCUUGCACUGGUGCUGCCAGUGCUGCGCCUUCUCUCAAGAAUACCGCGAGCUGAAGAACCGCGGUUGGAUUCCUGCGGACGGUUACAGAGCCAACAUAAUGAGCAUCCUGAGACUCGUCCUGUUUCCUUCAGUCGGGAAGUCCCCCCGUUCACCUCUAUCUGCUGUCUGGUCGUUGCAAACAAUGGCUGAGGCGGUCGGAUAUCCGGUGCCUGGCCCAGCACCCGCACAGGCACCGGCACCCACCGUGCCUCCGCCUGUGCAAUUCAAUGCGGUACCGAUGGGCUCGUGGACGACGGGAUGUUGCGGCUGCUUUGAGGACAUUAACGCCUGUUGCUGCUCUUUCUGGUGUCCCUGCGUCGUCUUCGGUCGAGUCGCCGAAAUCGUGACGGACGGAAACGUGGACGCGCAGGAAGCUUGCUUGAUCUGGUGCUUUGUGGACGCCUGCCUCUUUGCAGCAUGCGUGUAUUCGUGGGCCAAGUACAACCUGCCCGGCGAUACCGUAAAAGACUUUUUCCUGGACUGGUGUUGCGGGUUCUGCUCCUUCUCGCAGCAGUACCGUGAGCUCCAGAAUCGCGGAUGGGUCGUCGCAGACGGUUACAAGGCGAACAUUCAGCGGUUUCAAGCCGGUAACACCUCGGCGCCUGAGGGACAGUUUAUGUCAAAAUAG